AAACUAUGUUUUGAAGCUGCAUAUCCUUCCACGUUCUCAGAAGAGCAAAAUGCUGCACAGCCACCCAAUCCUGGCCCUACCGUUUAACUACAGCUUAAUUCCGGACAAUAAAACCGUUUCUACCCCAAAAGAGACGGAACAGGAAAGGAGCGCCUUUCAAACACGUUCACAGAAUUGCAUCACCCCAUCAAACCCUGCCUUCCCGGAGCCUUUCCUUCCAGGACCCCACUAAGCUUUUUCAGAAAACGUCGGAUUAACCGCAACCCCUCCCACCCAAACCACACUUUAUUAGAAAUUUAAAGUCGGCUCUUAGGAAGUUGAUUCGGGAACCGCAACACUCGCCCGAAAAGUGUGGAGAGAAAAAAAAUGACACUCCAGUGGGUGGCAGUUGCAACCUUUCUUUAUGCUGAAAUAGGACUUAUUUUAAUCUUCUGCCUUCCUUUUAUUCCUCCUCAGAGAUGGCAGAAGAUUUUUUCAUUUAAUGUCUGGGGUAAAAUUGCAACUUUCUGGAACAAGGCUUUCCUUACUAUUAUAGUCCUAUUGAUUGUUCUAUUUCUAGAUGCUGUGAGAGAAGUAAGGAAAUACUCCUCUGUACCUGCCAUUGAAAAAGGCUUAGCCAGCAAACCUGGUGCCUAUGAACAUGCGCAGAUGAAACUUUUUAGGUCUCAAAGAAAUCUUUACAUUUCUGGAUUUUCAUUAUUUUUUUGGCUUGUGUUGAGACGUUUGGUUACCCUUAUUACUCAGCUGGCUGUAGAACUGUCCAACAAAGAAGUACUUGAAACUCAAGCCAAAAAUACUAAUGAGGCUGCCAAAAAAUUCAUGGAAGAGAAUGAAAGACUGAAACAGCUCUUGAAAAAGUCUGUUAAUAAAGAGGAAUACAGUUUGGAGGCAGAUAAUAAAAAACUAGUAGAAGACCAGGAAAAACUGAAAACGGAAUUAAAGAAGACUUCAGAAGCCCUUUCUAAGGCACAGAAGGAUGUGAUGACAAUGAAAAUACAAUCAGAGCAACUUUCCAAAGAAUACGAUCGACUUCUGAAAGAACACACAGAACUUCAGAAUCGUUUGGGGAAAGACAGUAAGAAAGGCCUGUGAACUUUAAUGAAGAUGGUGAUUCACCAUGUGAAGAUGACAGAUGUUAUCAUGUUAGCCUGUACAAUUUAAAAUUCAGUAAAAGCUACUGUUUAUGACCAGCCAAUAAUUUUUUUAAUGCCACAUGUAGGCUGUUAUCCUAAUGGUGUUGUCACAAUAUUUGAUGAUGUUUCAGAUAUAUUGUCAAGUCUCUAUUCCAGCUCUUCUGUAAAAUAUAAGCAUGUUUAACACCCUAGUAAGAUACUGAGAGGAACACUGGUGGGUUCACUGCUUACCAAUAAAAGGAAAAAUUUAUAGCCCGUUAACUUCCAAAAUUAGACUUUUAAGUUGAUAAAGUCAUUAAUAGCCUAAAAAGCUGUGUUGUGUUUUCAGUCAUCACAAUCUGUUUAAUCAGAUGACAGUAAUGCUGAUGUAUUUGAAAACAGUAUUCAGUGUCAGCACAUUUGUCCAUAGAUUAAAUAAGGACAGAUGAUCAGAAGUAGUCAUUAUAUACAUGGGGAAGAGUCAUGAUGAGCAAAAAUAUAAAAACAAUGACCUUAGUUGUUCUUUUUUAUAAGCCUGAUGACACUAUAGUUUACUCUUGUAAGACAACGAUAUCGAUAAUUAUAUUUUUGCUACUGUGCCUCUAUAUCUGUUGGACUGUUUCUGUUGACAUUUGUGUUAAUACCACAUAAUAAGUAGGAAUUGUACCUUUUUAAAAUUCAUCUGGUAAUGAAGUUUACAUCUGUUUGCAUAACUGCCAUGCACUGAACUUAAAAUUAUUUUACAACAAUGUGGAAUUCUUUACUUAGAAAACUAACGUAGAGCAUAUCCAAAGAGCAAUGUUUCCCCUUGCUGUGAGAGUUACUAAGUCUACAAAUGUUACCUUAAAUAUACAUACACUGGGGUCACAGUUCUCUGAGAUGUAUCUGUAUUCUGAAAGCUAAAUAUUAAAUACUAUUUUUCCAUUCAUAUUCCUUUAGAAUCUCCUUUAGAACAUGAUAAUGAUCGUAAUUAUAUUAAUAUGAUUUAGGUUGUUCCAAUGUCUAGACAUGAAAAUCAUCUUCUGGUCUCAUAAAGACCUAAAUAUAAAAGGAAAUGGAAAAUAA